GUGGAGGAGGGUGGCAGUGGGCCUACCAAGCCCCUUCCCAAGUCAGCAGAGGCUGUGGUAAUCGGAGGGGGAAGCCUGGGAUGCCAGACCGUCUACCACCUAGCCAAGAUGGGCAUGACCAACGUGGUGCUGCUGGAGAGAGACCGACUGACCGCCGGAACCACCUGGCACACAGCUGGUAGGUAGUACCCACCUAGAAGCCUAUCUGGGCUGUGGCUUAUGCAACUAUGGAUUCAUGAAUGUGUAGGGUUUGUUUGUAAAUGGAUUCAAACUGUAUAUCAGUGUUUUUUAAAUCCUGGUCCUGGGGACCCAAAGGGUAAUCUGUGACCAACCGGCUCGAUUUGGUUUUCUGUAACAACAUUUGAAAUGGUGUUUUUUACAUUGGAUAAAAGUAGAGACUCCGAGAUAGAAAAUGGUAUAUCAUACACUACCGUUGAGGAACAAUGGGAAAGUAAUUCUGCUUUGAAAGUUGAUUUUGAGAAAUGUUGAAUGUUUUGAUACACCUACUGGAGAGCUCUUCUUUGUCUACACCCAUUCAGCAUCGUUCACACCCUCUUAAGCUUUAGCCCCACCCAUCUCGUUAAGGAUUCACAUGUGAGGCUAUGUACUAAACAACCAAAGAUUUCAAGACUAAAGGCUGGUUUAUACUACAGGUGUGUUCGUCAAUUUAAUCUGGAGUGCCAGAGUGUGCUCUGAGCGUUCGUAAGCUCCGAGCGUUGUCAGAUUGUCCGUUCGUAAGUUCAGAGUGUUUCGCUCUCGGAGCGCACACUGGACGCUCUGGCCGAGGAGUAGGUUUGAUCCGAGUGUUCUGACCUAACAACAGUACCCAAGCUAACUGGCUAACGUUGGCUAGCUUGCUAGCUACAGUACCAGUCAAAAGUUUGGACACACCUACUCAUUCAAGGGUUUUUCUUUAUUUUUACUAUUUUCUACAUUGUAGAAUAAUAGUGAAGACAUCAAAACUAUGAAAUAACACAUAUGGAAUCAUGUAGUAAUCAAAAAUAUAUUUGAGAUUCUUCAAAGUAGCCACCCUUUGCCUUUAUGACAGCUUUGCACAUUCUUGGCAUUCUCUCAACCAACUUCACCUGGAAUGCCUACACAUACUGACCAGCUCAUGUUAUGGACAGAAGCGCGCAACAUGGCAGACCCAUCUCUCGGCAUGUCCAGCCCACUCAUUAUCUCAGCCAAUCAUGGCUAGCGGGAAGGUUGCUUUCUUUUUUCCAUGUCUAAACCAACUAGGCUCUUAAUUUAACCAUUUUAUUCAUAUUUACAGAUGCCAUACAAGUUUGUUGUUAAGGCACAUGAAAGUUCACAUGUUCCAGAAGGCAUUUCUGCCAAAUAACGCAUUUUGAUAAAAAAAAAAGUUUACGUUCAAAUGGCGCUCCUGUGAAGUAGUGACGCGCGACAUACGCCACGUUUCCUGAAAUGAGUCACAUGGAGGAUGCAUUCAAGUUAAUGUCACAUUCAAUUUGGAUAGAAAAAUAAAUGCAUUAUGAUGACCACCAGGGUGUACCCUUCCAUGCAUAGAGAUUUUUUUCACUUUUGGUUACUUGACCUGAAUUGCAUACUCUAUGAAUAUGACCAUAGCACAUGAUUUAUGGCCUUUGGGGGGGCGGUGACGGGCAUUCUUAUGACAUUGCCAGCAGUAAGAUUUUAGCUCAAUUUCCAAAAAGACAUGCCACCGAAAUUGACGGAGUGGGUAAAGCACUGCGGACCCGGUACUGGGUCCAAAACAACCACACAGAGUUUAACAGGUUUAAAUGAAAAAAAUAUAACCACUGGGAUUGUUAAAGGGGAGUCUAAUUGGUUGGAAACCUCAUUAUUCUCUGUCUUCGUCUCUCGCUCUCUCUUUUUGUCUGUCUCUCUCGCUUUUUCUCUCUCCUGCUCCCUCACUAAUCAUCACUAUCUCUUAUGGUCUUGUGGUGUCUCUGUCCCAGGUCUGCUGUGGCAGCUGAGGCCCAGUGAUGUGGAGGUGGAGCUGCUAGCCCACACCAGACAGGUGAUCAGCCAUGACCUGGAGCAGGAGACCGGUCUAGAGACUGGCUGGAUCCAGAACGGAGGCCUCUUCAUCGCAUCCAACAAGCAGAGGCUGGACGAGUACAAACGCCUCAUGUCGGUACGUACAUAA